ACGGGCAGCGAUGAGGGCGGGAGCGGCCCCGCGGCGCCCCGCGCCCGGCCGCGGCUCGGAGCCUCGGCGUGAGGGCGUCUGUGCGCUCCGCCUCCUCCAGCGCCUCGCCGCGGGGCCGCGCCGACAUGGCCAGCCCCGAGCAGUGGGAGAGCCUGCAGCCGCUGCAGCCGGACGCGUUGCGUGUAGCUCGGUUUGCAGGCAGCAGAUGGGUGAGAUCCCUGGACAAGAGGCCAUGAACUGCCCAACCCUUGGGAUGACAAAGGGCAGGCAGGAAGAAGGUGGCACUGACCAGGCACCAAUGAUUGACCUGAAUGUGCAGAAGGACACGCCGCUUGUGAAAAAAACUGUGGACAUCAAAAGGCCUCGAUUUGAUGCAUCCUUGGUGCUUUUGACACGAAAAUUUAUGGCUCUUCUCAGAAAAGCUCCAGACGGUGUCCUUGAUUUAAAUGAAGUAGCAAAAACACUAGGAGUACGAAAACGAAGAGUGUAUGACAUCACCAAUGUGUUGGAUGGCAUCAACUUGAUUCAGAAAAGAUCUAAGAAUCAUAUCCAGUGGAUAGGUAAGAGUCUUGACCAACUUAUUGGAAGAGCACCAGACCAGCAGAACCUUAAAGAGGAACUUCUGGACUUAUCAAUCAUGGAAGAAGCUCUGGAUGAAUUAAUCAAGAAUUGUGCUCAUCAGAUAUUUGAACUAAUAGAUGACAAAGAAAAUGCAAAACUAGCUUAUGUGACGUACCAGGAUAUCCGAAGCAUUCAGGCUUUUCAAGAACAGAUUGUGAUUGCAAUCAAAGCUCCAGAGGAAACCAAAUUGGAAAUACCAGUUCCUAAAGACGAUCACAUAGAAGUACAUGUGAAGAGCACGAAAGGACCCAUUGAUGUGUAUUUAUGUGAGGUGGAAAAAGAGAAUCCAGGUGCCGAAACUUGUGAAGAUAUGGAUACUGUCCAUAUCUAGUGAAACUGAGACAUCAUUUUAUCCUGAUGAAGUGGCCAGUGAAAUGGGUUCAGCCUUCAAGUAUCAAGGCUUUUGUGAAACAAACACUCUAAACACCCCGAACUGGUGCAGUUUCCAGGGAAACUUUGGUGAAACGGAAAAAGGGAGACAUUAUGUGCCAGUUCCCCAGCCCGCAGAGGACCCAGCUGCACAGAGGAGCACAUCUGGCCCUGCUGAGCCCGGGGGUGCCAGAGCUGCUCCCGCCGUCCCGGACACCGCGGGGCCACUAGAGGGAUGUCUGCAACCAUCCUUCCACGGUUUCUGAAGCAAAGCACCACUUCGCACUCCUGGCCAGCUGCAAUCGCACACGGCAGCCAGCAGUCCUAAGAAAUGCUGCAAGGGAUGCAUCAGAGGGCUGCUCGUGGCGUCCCAGGGAGAGUGUUUGGACACUACCAGUUGGAAACAUGAGAUGCAAUGCUUGGAGUUCUACAAGGUCCAAGAGAGAAGACCAGAAAUCAUAGAAUCAUGGAUUCACAGAAUGGUUUAGGUUACCAAGGACCUUGAUGAUAAUCUAAUUCCAACCCCUCUUGUUCAGGUUGAAUAGUUCUAACACUAUUAAAAACUACAUCUAGUUAUAUCCUUUUAUUUGAUUUUUUCCAGCAGUUUAGCUUGUAUCUAGUGGAAUGGCAUAAUCUAUUUAAACUAUCAACACGUUAGCAUGAGAGUCACUGCAAAAAGUGUUUUAUUUCUCUAUUGGUUUAAAUUAGUUGAUUAGAAAAGCAUGAAAAUGUAAUGGAGAAGAGUUCUCUCUCCUACACCAAUCAGGUGUUGGAACUGAUAGGAUGAAAGCGGCUGCAAAUAAAAGGAAAAUAUGAGUAAACCAAAGAAAUAAGCAUUAGUUGUAAGUAUUAUAAAACAGCUUGUACACUCCAGAACAGCACAAAUAAGGAGCCCAAAUUUACUACCCCGGCUGGAUAGAUGGGUCAAACUGUUACAUUUAAUUACAUAUACUAAUAAAAAAAAAGUUUCAAUUUAUGUGGAAAAGAGACAUCAUGGAUUUUAAAAGAGGUAAUAGUUAGAGUUGGGUGAUUUAUUUAUUUAUUUAAUAGUUAAUUCCCUCGAAAAUGUGGUUUCAGUCAUGUCUAAACUAUUUGCUUCAAAUUUGCUGAAUAGUUUUGGCUGGAAAAAAAAACAAAGAAGGGGAUAAACUGUGUUGGAGGAAAAUCCCCAGUUACCCAACAGCUCAAUGAUCACAGCAUUUACUUAGGUAGCAGAGACCCCUUAACAGAGGCUCUGUUGAGGUGGACUACACUCAAUCCUUCCUGUGACCACUUUGAUUUUGUCCCAGUUGCAAGGGAUGGGGACAAACCUCCCAAAGGAGCAGGCUGGUUUCCAGAGUAGGAAGCUGUGAUUCUCAUGCUCCCCCUUGCUGAUCCAACAAACUUGGUGCCUUUGUGCAGGUCACCAGCUUCAUUGUGAGGAAGAAUCUCCCCUUUGUCCUGCUUCAUGGAUACCAAGUCCUUGGACAGCUUUCUAAGAAGUAGAAUUCUUCUUCAAGUUCCCUUGGACAAAAGUAGUAUAUCCAUGCUAUGACAUUCUUUCAAGCAUCCAAAGCAAAUACUCUACAUUGGAUUAAAACAUAACAUUUAAUGGUUCACGCAUAGACAUAACCUUCAGGUUAUUUUCUUUCAGCAAAGAAAAGCAGCCAGUUUAGUUAUGUCUACACUGUGCUGAUUUUUAUGACAUUCACUGCAGUUCUUGAGCACAAAUGUUACUUCCACCAAGUCUUUAACUGAUCAUGAAAUAGUUUGAUAACCUUCAUCCAGACUAUCCUAUGCUUCUUACAAACCCUUAUUUCUGCAGCCACAUAAGAGCUGAAAAUGACAUUGAGAACUCCCAACUCAAUGCUCCCGACUCCAGUCCCUGUGGUGCCAGACACCAUAUCUUAUGGCCCUGUCAAAGUGCACUGAUACACUGCAGGUAGGUAUUUUCUGGCUGCCUUUACUUGGAUGAAGGUUGUUCUAACCCCGCAUUGUGAAUAGCUAGAAGCAGUCUUAUUUCCCAUCUGCACUCAUCUGUGACCAGUUUACUCACAUAUGCUCUUCUGCCAGCACUCCUCUGUAAUGUACAGCUCUUAAACUCCUUGGUUGCUGUCUUUGGUGUAUCUUUAGACACCACCAUAUUCUCAUUCACUUCUCUGCUGGAUCUAGAAAACUGAGUUAUUCAAGCUAUCUCCAUGAAACAGGCUGCUUUGUUCCUUUAUCGCUGCCAAAUUCCCAUUUUCAGUUCCUCUUCUCCAAUCAGAGGAAUGGACCUAUUUAUGUCGCAGUGUUCUAACUGGAUCUUGCCCUAUCCUAUCUCACUUGAGUAUCUUUGUUAAAUUUUACAAAUACCAUUUAUACUUUUUAAUUCCAUGUUUUCAUUAGCUAAUGUAAGCCUGAAGUAAUUCUCCUCAGCUAUUUCCAAGUGGUACGUUCCCACAUUACAUCAGAAUUUCUUACUAGUCCCCAAGGGCACUCUCUCUAUAGACUCUACCAUUUUUAAAAUGUCCUGUUUCUAUCAUUCCCAUCAUUGAGCUGAUCCAGAUAUUCUGAGCAAUAUCCCAACCCUCAACUGUCUACUGAUGUUGUCUGAUGCAAACAGGAUCAACAGCAUAGUCCUGGAUUUCAUGCUGGUAAACAAAAAGGUUCCAAUGUCAAAAAGUUUAAACAAGAGGGACCAGGACUGCUCCUUGUAGUUCCUACCAAAACAAAUCCUCAAGGAUUCAACUAAUACUUACCUCUCUAUUUCACCUCAUAAGGCAUUGUUAUCCUACAUGAAGUGAGUUCUUUUUACUUUGGGAAUAGCAUGAUAUCCUUCAGAAUGUUUUAUUCUCCUAUAAAAAACAUCUCCUAAUAAUUCCCACUAAUGUCAGCUUUCUCACAUCAAAAUCUUCCAAGUUUUCUUCCAGUUUGGUUGUAAUUACCUCCAGUAAUACCUUAAUUUUUCUUAUCCAUAAACAUGCAAAAUUGAAGUAUUACAACAUAUGUGUUUCUUAUCCAUGUGUAGUGUUUCAUUUUAAUAUUGUCCCCAUCACCAAAGACUGGGGCAAAACUGAGAUCAUCUCUAUGUCAGCCUCUUCAUACAGUAAUCCUAUUUAUUAUUUGACAGCCAAGUCUAGAAAUAACAGUAUUUAAACAUACUGUCCUUCCUUCCUUCCUUCCUUCCUUCCUUCCUUCCUUCCUUCCUUCCUUCCUUCCUCCCUCCCUCCCUCCCUCCCUCCACUUUUAUAUGCAUAGCUGUGUUUUCACUCGUGCACUCACAACUGUUCUUACCUGUAGUAAGUAAGAAGUACUUAAGUACUGUAGUAAGUAAGAAGUAAGACCUGAAGUCUCUGACAGCCCCUGCAGGUUCCCUGAGAGCAGGCACAGCCGCUGUAGUUGUUUACACCCUGGUAUCAGCUGGACUGGCUUGGUUUCCCCACAAUUAACAGUAGCUAAGUCUUGAUGAAAAGCAGAUCACAGGAAUGACAGUGCUGAUGCAGAGACACAUAAUGUGGGUAUUCAGAGAUGCACACAGAACCUCUACACUAAUCAUCUUUUUUUAGCUUGCUCUAUCCAAGUCAUCGUCUACUGGAAUUUCCUCCUAAUUGCAGGGAGCAUUCAGUGCCUGGGGUUUUACUGUCAUUUUCCAAGCCAGUUCCUGCAUACUUAUGGCAAAAGGCCAGAUCAAAAGAAAGAUUGAUUAGGUGCCUCCAGUGGUUCUUACACCAAAAUCCAAGAUGACAAUUCAAAAAAACUCAAUAGCUGUGUAACUGUGAGGGUCGCUAAGUUUGCCACCUCCCUCUCUGCCUCCAUCCUGCUGAGUGUUCUCAUUGAAAGGCUACAAAGCCAUUUCUUCCUGCCAUCCCAUUUCUUCUUAAAGCAAUUUCCUGCAAAACCACACACCAUCCUGCAAGACAGUGUCUAGGAACUUUAUUUGAAGGUGUACUGUGUAACAUGAAUUGCCACAGGAUGGAGAAAGGAAAAUGCAUACAUGGGUUCUCAUUCUGCUAAAGAAUUCUGGAUCAGAUCAGGCUGAAAAUGCUGGUUCAGAUUAUGCCUCAUCUAGGAAAACAUGGGACUUUGGCCACAUUUCUCAUAAUUCCCAUUCAGUAUCUAAUGUUUAAAUGUUUGAUCUUAAAUACAGAAUAAACUAUCAGAAAAGCUUUUGUUCUUACAGGUAUGUGUUCACUGGAAGAGAUUGUUACAGGCAUACAAGUGACAGGUCUGAAUCAAUCUCUAGUCACCUUGUCAAAUUAAAAGGAGGCAGAGACAGCUUUGAGAAGCUCUGGCCAGCACUUCCAAAGGACCAGCAGCAUUGUACUCCUGCAUAUUUCCAAUAUUUCAACCUUUACAAUGUGUCAUGUAAAGGAAGUGCUGCAGAAAGAAGAGCUGCAAAAACCCUCCUCUGCUCCAAGGUACUGUGAGGUAUAAACAGCCUACUGACAGCAUAACAGCAAGGAUUUCAUAAAUCACAGCAGUCUCUCAAACUGUGAUUUACACCUAGGGCCACAGAGCUCUAAGCUUCACCUAUAUGCACAAAGCAGCAAAGAAAAACUCGAGGUCACUUUGUCCUUAGUCUCCAAGCUACACUUACUGCAAGUUUCCUCCUGAGACUUACAGCAGAGAAUCUGGCAUAUCACCAUCACGUAAGCAUUUCAAUUAACCUAGAUUCACAGCUUCACUUCUGUCUUCCCAAUGCAUCCAAGAAACUAUGAAACUACCUUAUUAACAAAAGCAAUGUUAUUUAGCUGGGGAGUUAUGUAAGCAAUUAAGAGCCAGGCAGAGACCAAGUCCUGCGUUAUCAGACACACCCAGACAUUACACAGCCACUUUUGAUUCACACCUCCUUUUCUUGAUUCCUUGGUAUUUGUGCUUAAGAUACUGACUUUAACACAGCAACUGACAGUAUACCAUCCAAUAAUUCUAUUAUUAGUUGGUAUUUAUUAAUAUUUAUCAGCUAUAUAUACUGUUUGAAAAAAUGGGAAGCAGCUACCUGGCGGACCUUCAGAGACAAGGUACAUGCCUUUCCAAGCAGAACAGUAGAUAUAGGCCUUUACCUACAAAGCUUACCAGAUGAAGACAUUUUCUUUAGCAUUUGCUUGAUUACUUUGGUUUGCAUUUAAUUAUACAGAUGGCUGAGUGGUUUUGUAAUUUUAUAGCUGGCCUGUGCUAGUAAUUGAUGUGGUAGUGUCAGUCUUACUGAGGCUGGUUUGGAAACGCAUGGGGUUUGAAAAGCUGCUUGUAUUUAAAGCCUCUUGUUACAAUGCAAGAGAUGAAUUAAAUGAAAGAAUGUUAAACAA